GUUUGUUUGUUUGUUUGUUUUGCAGUUGUGUCUCCAGAGUACAACCGCAUUAUAACCUUUAAGGAACCUGCAAAAGGAAAAGCACUACAAGGUCACGUGAUUAGAUCAGUAAGGGUGACCAAUGAGGGAAGCUGUCGUGUGCAGUGCUUCAUGGAGCCAAACUGUGUGUCAAUCAAUGUAGGACCAGUACAGGAGGGAAAAAACAUAUGUGAACUAAACAAUGCCACGGAUGACAGCCCUUCACAGUCGGCCUUGAAGAACGUCGCACAAAACAUUCACUAUGCCGUUGAGGUACGCUGUAUGUCUUUGACUGUAUCUUAA